GACGUAUCGCAAAGGCCAUGACGUCAGUGAAGGAGAGAACAAAAUGGCGCCUUUUGGAUAAAAAUUUCCUGGAUUUUGUCCAUUUUUAUUUCACAAAACUACCCACUUUAGAGGACGCUUUGCUGCUUUGGUUAUAUGUUUACAUUCCAUUAGGAUUUAUUGAGUGUUUUUGACGCAGUGAUCCAGCAAUGGACUACGAAUUCAAGCUAAAAACGGCCGCGCAAAGGGAGAAAGUAGAGGACCUUUUUGACUACGAAGGAUGCAAAGUCGGUCGAGGAACAUACGGGCAUGUAUACAAAGCAAAGAGAAAAGACGGGUCAGAUGACAAAGAAUAUGCACUGAAGCAGAUAGAAGGUACUGGCAUCUCUAUGUCAGCAUGUCGAGAAAUUGCUCUUCUCCGAGAGCUGAAACACCCAAACGUGAUCACCCUACACAGAGUUUUUCUGUCUCAUUCUGACCGAAAAGUAUGGCUUCUAUUUGACUUUGCAGAACAUGAUUUGUGGCACAUUAUAAAAUGGCACAGAGCAUCCAAAGCCAACAAGAAGCCUGUUCCCAUCCCCAGACAGAUGGUCAAGUCCCUGUUAUAUCAGAUUUUAGAUGGCAUCCACUACCUUCAUGCCAACUGGAUAUUACAUAGAGAUCUGAAACCUGCCAAUAUCCUAGUGAUGGGUGAAGGACCAGAGAGGGGAAGAGUGAAAAUAGCUGACAUGGGAUUUGCACGCCUGUUCAACUCCCCACUGAAGCCCCUAGCAGACCUGGACCCGGUGGUGGUGACAUUCUGGUACAGGGCACCUGAGCUUCUGCUGGCGGCAAGACACUACACCAAGGCAAUAGAUAUCUGGGCCAUUGGAUGCAUCUUUGCAGAGCUGUUAACAUCAGAGCCAAUCUUCCACUGUAGACAGGAAGACAUCAAGACAAGUAACCCCUACCACCAUGACCAGCUGGACAGAAUAUUCAAUGUCAUGGGGUUUCCACAAGAAAAAGACUGGGAAGACAUCAGGAAGAUGCCAGAACAUGCCACACUGAUGAAAGACUUCCGCAGAUCACAGUCUUCCAGAUACCAAAACUGUUGUUUACUGAAGUACAUGGAAAAACACAAGGUCAAAGCUGACAGUAAAGCAUUCCAUCUGUUAUCCAAGUUGCUGACCAUGGACCCCACCAAGAGAAUAUCAUCUGACCAGGCCAUGGCAGAUCCUUACUUCAUGGAGGACCCCCAGCCUACUUCAGAUGUAUUUGCGGGUGUUCCGAUCCCGUACCCCAAACGUGAGUUCCUGACAGAUGAGGACAAUGAUGACAAGACGGACACCAACAAGGUACAUAGAGUUACUGCACUUCCUCAGAAGCAAGGCUUCCGGGACUUCCAGAGAGUUACAGCAACCCUCGCUCAGAAGCAAGCCAUCUCGUCAUUCAAGCAGACAGCUGCGCAGGACCAAGGGGGCUCGGGGAGCCACGCCCCUCCGGCCAAGCGGGUCAGGAUAGCCCCUCCCACAACCACCAGCUCCGGAAACUUCUCUGGAUCUGAGUACCAGCGAAAUUACCAAGGGAACCAGGGACCGGGCCAUUCUGGGCAGAACCAAGGCACUAUGGGAUAUCAGUCCUCGGGGUCAUCCACUCACCCCACAAACACAACAUCGUACGGCCAGCAGCACAGAUAUUAGAACAUGUGGAGUGCAAUAAAACACUGUUAGACCUGACGUAGUGCUGUGUACCGGUUUGCUGGACCGGUUCCGGACUUGUUUAUUAGGUUCAAGUCCAAAAAAGCCUAAAAGGCAAGAACCA